CAUUUUCUUCAGGUGAUGAGAUUUGCUAUCGAGGAGAUAAACAACUCCACCUCCAUCCUGCCUAACGUCACCCUUGGUUACCAGAUCUUUGACCACUGCACUGCCGUUCAGACUUUCUCCUCCAGUCUCCAGCUCUUGUCCAGGAACAACUCCAUCCAAGCCAGGCAGAGCUACAACCAGCACCUUCCCAACAUCAUUGGCUUAACUGGGCCACUGACCAGCUCGGAGAGCAUCACUCUCGCCCCUCUCUUCAUGGUGGAUCUCAUUCCAGUGGUUAGUUAUGGAGCGUCAAGCAGCGUAUUGAGUGAAAAACGGGUGUAUCCCUCCUUCUUAAGGACCGUACCGAGCAAUAAAGGUCUGAUAGAUCUCAUAAUUCACAUCAUCAAGUAUUUCGACUGGAACUGGGUGGCGUUUCUUGGCUCUGGAUCUGACUACAGCAAGGAUGGUGCACAACUGUUUUAUGAACUGAGUCAGAAAGCAGGAAUCUGCUUAGGCUAUCAAGAGGUUGUGUCAGACUUUUCACAGCUGAAGUCAACAUUCAACAAUAUAGACAUUCUUAAUAUUAAAGUCAUUGUGCUCUUUCUUGCCGAGCUAAGAGCUGAGGCUAUCAUCCGUUUGGCAAUCGAACACAAGUUUCAAGACAAGGUGUGGAUCGCUAGUGACUCCUGGGCCUUGUACCAACCUCUGACAAAACUAAAUGGCAUCGAGACCAUUGGUACCAUCAUUGGAGUGACGCCAACAGUUGUUGCUCUCCCAGGCUUUGCCAAAUUCAUCCAUCAGUCAAGAGCUGAAGGCUACGGCACAUCUCGCCAUGAAACAGCUGACCAAUCACACGAUUCAUUCUGCAAUCAGGCCUGUGCAACCUGUUCCUCCAUGAAGCCCGAUGAGAUCCUCAUUGAGAGCACUGCCUACGCCUUCUCUGUCUACUCAGCUGUCUACACCAUGGCACUGGCCCUGCACAAUGCUCUUCAGUGCAACCACUCAGCCUGUAAUACCCAACAAGCAGUCUAUCCCUACAAGCUUCUUGAGGAGAUCAAACGUUUGCCCACGUUCUCCUUGAACCAGAUGAACGUGUCCUUCAACAGAGAGGGAGACCCACCUGCCCACUACUCUGUUGUGCUCUGGGACACUACUGGGGCACCUGUGAAGAUCAGACACAUUGGCACCUACAACGACCAUGCUGCGGUCACCCUCACCAUAGAUGACACACAGAUCCACUGGUUUGGGGACGGUUCAGUACCAUUCUCAAACUGUUCUGCCGAGUGCCAACCUGGACAUAGAAGGCAGUCAACUGGUCAGCAUGCGUGCUGCUUCUUGUGUGAGGAGUGCGGCAAAAACCAAUAUGUCAACCACACAGCUGACCCAUACUCUUGCUUAUCCUGUAAAGAGUUUGAGUGGUCCAAUUCUGCCAGCACAACAUGUCAGAAGCGCUCUGUGGAAUACCUCCACUAUGACGACGCUUUUUCAAUUCUCCUGCUCCUCUCUGCAUCCCUCCUCAUCCUGCUGUGUGCUGGAGUGGCCGUGCUGUUUUUCCUCCACCGCAGCACUCCUGUGGUCCGGUCAGCAGGGGGCAGUAUGUGCUACCUGAUGCUCAGCUGCAUCGCCGCCUCCACCGCCAGCGUCUUCUUCCACUUUGGCAAACCAACCGCCAUCAGCUGCGCCUUGCAGAACAUAACCUAUACCUUCUUCUACACUAUAUGCAUGUCCUGCCUCUUUGUCCGCUCCCUCCAGAUCAUUGCCAUUUUCAAGAUGGCCUCCCACCUACCCAGGGCCCAUGCUCUUUGGGUGAAGUACAGUGGCCAGUGGCUGGUGGUGGCUGCUGUGUCUUUGCUUGAGCUUGUGCUGUGUGUUUUGUGGGUCACAGUUGGCAAGCCUUGGCCCGAGAAUAACACCUGGUUGUCCGCAGACAAGGUCAUCCUCCAAUGCGCCAUGGAAAGUUAUGCUCCUUUUGGCUUCUCUUCAUUCCUCUUAGGCAUUGUUAGCAUUCUCUGUUUCAUCUUUGCCUACAUGGGAACAGACCUGCCCAAGAACUACAAUGAGGCCAAAGCCAUCACGUUUUGUAUCCUGCUGUUUUACCUCAGCUGGGCCAUAUUCGUUACAACCUGCAUACUGCAGAGCAGUUUUGUAGCUCAUGUGAAAGUUAUGGUACACCUAAGCAGUCUGAGUAGCAUGAUGGUAACCUAUUUCUUCCCAAAGUGUUUCAUCGUUAUCUUUCAGCCUCAUAAGAACACAGCAGAAUUUUUUCAAGCAGCCAUCCAAAGUUACACACAAACCAUUAGUAGAACCUAG